AUGGCGCGUAAGCAGAGCCGAAUGAUUGGCUACAGAAUGCUCUGCAUGAUCGUCGUACCGACGAUGUACCUGGUUUUCGUAAAUGCGUUAGCGAUAUUUCUGCCAAACAGCAUGGAAAGUGCGGUUAAACCGACGGACACGCGACUUCGCAAACUCCUGCAAUUAGAACCCGUUACCUUGGCACCAGAAAAGAUGAACUGCACUUCUCCAGCCAUAAAAGAGUUCCCGUCCGAUGGUUUGACGCGGGAGCAAAGACAAUCGGGUCUCAUAGUGAUCCAUUUUCUAAUAGCGAUUUACAUGUUCCUGUUGCUGGCCAUCGUCUGCGACGAUUUCUUCGUGCCCUCGAUCAAAAAGAUCUGCGACAAGAUCAACCUGACGGAAGACGUUGCAGGAGCAACGAUCAUGGCGGCGGCCAGUUCUAGUCCGGAACUGUUCAUUAACGUCGUGGGAACCUUCGUGACGGAAGGAGACUUGGGCGUAGGCACGAUCGUCGGUUCCGCCGUCUUCAACGUGUUGGCUGUGCCCGCCUGUUGCGGAUUAUUCGCGAAACAGGUAUUGAGUCUGGAAUGGUGGCCAGUGACGCGGGAUACCAUCGCGUACACGAUCACCGUUGGAUUAUUAAUUUUCACGUUGCGAAACGGCCGCGUCGAGUGGUACGAAGCACUGAUUCUCAUCUUAUUCUACGUUUUAUACAUUUUCACGAUGUGCUUCAGUCGUACGAUCAACGAAUUUCUUCAGCGUACAACCUGCAGAAGAAAAAAGUAUAAAAACUUGUCCGAAGAGAGCCCCCUGAUCGCUACCGACGUCGUGAAAAAUGCGGAUAUUAAAUUAAUGGAAUCCGACGCGGUGGACGAGACAGAGGACAUCGUAAACAUGACCAACUGGCCAAGCUCGGCGUGCGAGAAAUUAUGGUGGGUGGUCACGUGGCCGAUUAAUUUCGUGCUUCUCAUAACGAUCCCCGAUUGUCGGAGAAGUUCACUGAAAUCUUGGUACACUCUUACGUUCAUUAUGUGCAUAGUAUGGAUCGCAAAUACUUCGUACAUAGUCGGAUGGGUCAUCACUGUGAUCGGCGAUACGUUUAGGAUCCCCGACUCCAUAAUGGGAUUGACCUUUCUUGCGGCAGGAAUGAGCGUACCGGAGGCUGUGUCGAGCGUUAUCGUCGCGAAUCAAGGAUACGGAGCUAUGGGUAUAAGUAACUCGAUAGGAUCGAACGUGUUCGACGUGUUGCUUUGCCUCGGGCUGCCUUGGUUCCUAAAAGCAGCAGUGUUCCCGACAGUACCCGGCCAGCACCAAGUGCAGAUCAACUCGCAGGGUCUCGUUUACAGCGCGAUAUCGUUAUUUUCCACACUGGCCGUUCUUUACAUUUCCCUCGCGGUGAACAAAUUCAAAUUGACGAAAAGCGUCGGUGUCGCCUGUCUGAUAAUGUACGCCAUUUUCUUGACGUUCGCAUCUAUCCUCGAGCUUAACACGUUCUUCGUGGUCAAUUUGCCGGUAUGCGCCGACUGACAUUUGCCAUAACCUGAAACUUCGCAAAUCCAUCAACCGUUUAUCCUCGGACGAUACUUCAUAUGAACAGGACACUUCUGACUGAUCGUUACUGUAUGUACAUGUCGAAUUAUGUAAUAUUUUUAUUUACAGACACAUUGCAUCGAAUCGAUGACAUGCUAACGCAUACUCGGCUAAAUGAC